CGACCGUCGUGCAAGUAAAUCAAUUUUCGCUCCUCUGUCGUUUGUAUCUAUAGGUGUGAUUUUUCCUUACAUUUCAUUGUUUUCCCUCGGUAUGAUUCAGCGAGGGUUGAACGUUAGGAAAAAUAUUGUUCCUUCCGUGCGAGCGGCUAUACUUUAGUGUUUCGGUUUGAAGAAAUAGAAAAAAAGUAGUAUUUGGGAAAACUUGUGCUAAUGCUCUUGAGCCCGAGGCAAAGUGUGAAUAGUGUCCAGGUCAGUAUUCUGAAGUGCUAUCUAUACAAGUGGCAAUAGAAGUGAAAGCAAAGUGUUGGAAAAAUCUCGGUUGCCUCAGUAGGGCAUGGGAAAACUAUGCCUUCCAUCCAUCCAGCGAAGCAGCUAGUGGAGAAGGACUCGAACGGUGAAUUGAUUGUGAUGUAGACAUUUAGUGCUGUUUUCUAAACGAAUGUCCACCCGCAUGGUGCGGUACGACGGCGAAAAGAUAAGGGCUGUGGAAAAUGGUAAAACUUAAUGGGGAAGAAAAGCAAAUUGGAUAGCGCAGGAGCGUUUUGCAAAAGUGAUAGAGCAAAAUAACCGAUGCGAAGAAAAUUAGGGCGGAAAGUGUUUUCGCACGAUCUAGCGAUCUUGUUUUGUACCAGUAUGUGUGCCAGUAGGGUGCUGUAUCGAUGAAUGUGAAAUACCGUAUACAUCAUUAGUGGAUAAUUAAUCGUUCGGUAGGAAUUUUCAUCAUCUACGCUGUUCUUCAUCACGGAGCUGUUUUUAGGACUAGGAUAAGCCGGCGUUGUUUGCACAUUAGUGGAAUGAAGAAAAGAGCAAAUGCCUAGAUGUAUGCAGCAUCUCACAUCCGGGUUUGCUUGUUUCCAAGGGAGUUGUCACCAUGUGGAUAGAGGUCGUCCUAACCAACUCGUUUGUCGUCGCUAUAGGAUGUUUUUUGAACCAACGGUGAUUCUACUAAUGAUCGAGUAAGAAUGCAUUCCGGGAUAUACAUUUUUGCUGCAAAUAUGCGAGCCAGUGAAGGAUUAUAAUAAAUAACCGAAGAUCAGUAAAAAUCCCUGGUUAACCUACACGCAAAUGGCAUUCCACUUGAAGAUGCACGCGAGAUGCCGAGGAGAGAAACGAACAGUACAAUAGAAUAUCAAUUGCCAAGCACACACAGAGUCACGUUUUAAAAGCGAUUAACAGUACCGACAGGAGUACGGACCCUUUUGCUGAAAUAGACAGUUGCCUUCACUUUGACGGUAAACUCCCAAUCACAGUCAUCUAGCGGCACAACGAGGAAAUGCAUUUUUGGAUCGAUAAGCGUUCGCAAGCUUGUGGUUUCGGUAGGGCUCGAGUGGCAGCGUCCCUGUCUGGUGGCGGAGGGCUCGGUUUCGGGCAUCCCCGACGUAUACCUAGAAAAUCAAUGGUUACCCCAAUACAUCGGUUUCAAACGGUCGACUGUACCAGGCCACAUCUCUAUCGGCAACAACAACAACAGCAGCAGCAACAACAGCAACAACAGCAGCAGCAGCAGCAGCAGCAACAGCAGCAGCAACAACAGCAUCAGUCUCAACAGCAACAAUCACAGUCACAGAAUAGCAGUCAUCAUCAGCAUUACCAUCAACAGCAGACCAACAAUAAUCAGCCACACAUUCAACAUCAUCAAGCUCAGCUGCAUAGCAGUGGCCACUAUAAUCAGCAUAAUAGCAUACUUCCACCAUCAACGCAUCAUGCACAGGCUUCGUCGCCGGCUCAACAUCUUCAACAAACACAGCAGCACGCAAACAACUAUCAUGUGCCAGUGACAGUUAAUCAUAUUUAUAGUAAUUCAUCUCCGCAACCGAAUGCCAUCGAAAUCGAUCAGAGCAGUGUCGGCAUAGGAACACUGAACCAACACGUGCCCCACGUUGGACAUGAUGCUCAACUGCUGCCAGCGCAUCUGAAAUGUGGCAUGUGGGCUUCACUCGCCCUGGCGACGGUGUUCGUAGCGGGAGCAAAGUUCUAUUUCGACCAUCAGGUGCCACAUGGUACCGGCCUGGAAGUGCUUAUCUUCUGCGCGUUUUCAGCAACGUUUUUCCUAGCAGCGUGUACUGUUUCACUGUGCCGACGUCCAAGGGAUCUGCAGAUACCCGUUAACAAUGUGAUAUCGGAGACGAUCUCCAACGGCGAGCAAAACUCCCUACAGAACAAUCCGGAUCUAGUGAAUAAUACUCCAUCGCCUCUGCUGAAUGGGAGCGUGGGUGGAACGCAGCCAAGUUCGCUGGCCGUGUUGGCACCACCCCCUCCUUACCACAUUGCCAUUCUGCUGCCGGAAAGCACAAAGGAUACGGAUGAAUCGCCGCCACCGUCAUACGAUAAAAUAGUGAUAUAAUAAUAAAUUAAAAAUCUGCUAGACAUCGUACUAGUUACAGGUGCACAUCCCAUAGUUGAGGCCUACAUGUAUUCAUUUAUUUGUAUAGAAGCCUGAAAAAGAGAAAGAGGUACAACUAUGGUGUGCUCUCACGAGUAUCAAUAACGUUCACCCGAUAUGGUAUAUUUUUUUCUAAAUUGAAUGAUGCCAAAGUUCGUUGUUCGAGAGGAACGACUUUUGUUGGGUGGAUGUUUUCUUAUGCCAGACGGGUAUGCAGGAUAAAUGACACUGUUUUAGUGAAAACCGUGGUAAAUAAAUACGCUAAAAUCUCUUUGUAGAGAUUUCAAACUCUCGCUCGAUGUGACCUAGGUAAGAUUUUAGACUAAGCUAAACAACAUAGAAACCGUUAAGAGAGAAACAAAAUGCUCACAAUCUGAAUAGGUUAUUCAAUUAGCGGAACAAAGAAAUUUGAUAUUAUUUAACCUCUGAAAACGAGUUUCUAUACACAGCCAUAGCCAAGCGAGAACCCCACUGGUACUCAAGUGCGGUAAACGUUAUUAAAUCCUAAGUUAUUUGCGCUCCAACAAUCUGUACACUGUGAGUAAGCUAAAGGCGUAGUUCGACGUAGAGUUGGGUUUCAUACUUGCAUACAUGGCGAGGAACCACUGUCGGUUCACAAUAGGAAGAGGCUUCGUGUCACUGUCGUACCGGAUACGGCAGCUGGCACAGCAGUUGUGUUAGCGUUUAAUUAUUAAAUCGAGUAAUUGAAAUUUUAAUAAAUUUUAUGAUCGAUGCAGUUCCG